UCUAGACACAGGAUCACAAGGAGACCUUGUACAGAAUAUUCAGCCAUCAGAUGUCUCUGCAGGUGAUGAUGAUAUUAAUACUGACGUAGAUGUUAAAACAGAAGAUGUAAAUGUAACGUGUCAGCUGGAAGCUCCAAUGCAGGAAAUGUGUGACAGUGACAAUGCAGGUGUAAAUGAUGCUAAGAUUUCAUGUAACACUAAACAAACUGAAGAUCAGUGGCUAAGAAAUAUGCCAGGAGCUGCAGAACAGGAAAUAUGUGCCAAUAUAAGCACAGGUGAAUUCACAGACGGCAAUAAUCCUAGUCCUGAUAAGAGUUCAGAUGCUUCUUUACAUCUUCUGCAAAAUCAAAGAAGCCACGUGGGAAAUGUACAUCUUUGUAAACAUCUGAAUAUUCAUACAGGAGAAAAGCCAUUUUCCUGUCUUAUAUGUGGGAAAUUGUUUAACCAUAGAAAAAAUCUUGUUGCUCAUCGGAAAAUACAUAGAGCAAAAAAAGGAUUUUUAUGUUCUGACUGUGGGAAAUAUUGUGCUCAGAAAUCACAUCUUAUUGAUCAUCAGAAAAUUCACACAGGAGAAAAAGCAUUUUCAUGUCCUGACUGUGGAAAAUGUUUUACUCUAAAAUCAACUCUUAUUAGGCAUCAGAAAAUUCAUACUGGGGAGAAAGCAUUUUCAUGUUCUGAAUGUGGAAAAUGUUUUACUCUGAAAUCACAUCUUCUUAGCCAUCAGAAAGUUCAUACAGGGGAGAAACCAUUUUCAUGUUCUGACUGUGGGAAAUGCUUUACUCUGAAAUCAACUCUUCUUAGCCAUCAGAAAAUUCAUACAGGAGAAAAAGCAUUUACAUGUUCCGACUGUGGGAAAUGUUUUACUCAGAAAUCAAAUCUUAUUACGCAUCAGAAAAUUCAUACUGGGGAGAAAGCAUUUUCAUGUUCUGACUGUGGGAAAUGUUUUACCCGGAAAAUUACUCUUAUUAAGCAUCAGAAAACUCAUACUGGGGAGAAAGCAUUUUCAUGUUCUGACUGUGGGAAAUGUUUUACUCUGAAAUCAAAUCUUAGUAGGCAUCAGAAAAUUCAUACAGGAGAGAAAGCAUUUUCAUGUUCUGACUGUGGGAAAUGUUUUACUCAGAAAUCAACUCUUCUUAGCCAUCAGAAAAUUCAUACAGGUGAGAAAGGAUUUUCAUGUUCUGACUGUGGGAAAUGUUUUGCUCUGAAAUCAAAUCUUAUUAGCCAUCAGAAAAUUCAUGCAGGGGAGAAAGGAUUUUCAUGUUCUAAAUGCGGAAAAUGUUUUACUCGGAAAACAACUCUUAUUAACCAUCAGAAAACUCAUAUUAAAAGAAAUCAGAGUUUAACCUCCUAAGUACAGAGGGUGGUAUGUAGUUGUCACCCACACAAUACCAAGUGCUGAUGAUGACUGCAUGUGACCCCCUGGGGCAUGCAGUUUUGGAGCUGUUUGAUUCCCUUUCUGCACAUCAAGCAUUUAUGAGGUGACCCCAGGGUGGAUGUGAUUUAAAUCACUAGUCAGUAGGAUUACAUUAAUAAUAACAAUAGAAAUAGUUUUAUUUAACUAAAACAAUAACAUUAUUUUUUAUUUUAAUGCUUGCCCCUCCCUCCUCACACUUAGGUCCUUGUGCAGUUCUAUUCCACUACAAUCUUCUAUUCAGUGAACUUCCUGAAAUUUAGUAUGUGUUGAUUCUGUGUACAUAGAUUUGCAGGGGAGCAAUGACAUUAAAGGAAAAUACAGUCAAAAUUAAACUUUCAUGAUUCAGAAAGAACAUUAAAUUUUUAAUAAUUCUCUAAUUGACUUCUCUUAUCUAAUUCUUGAUAUCCAUUGUUGAAAAGCCUGCAUAGGUAGACUCACUCAGAUGUAAUGUACUACUGUGAGCUAGCCUGUUGUCACUGUCUCAUCCAUUGUAUUCAGAUAGGCCCCAGUAGAGCAUUGCUCUCCUUCAACUAAGGAUUCCAAGAGAAUGAAGAAAAUCUAAUAGAAGUAAAUCUGAAAAUGGUAUGUUCUAUCUGAAACCCAAAAGUUAUCUUUCAUGAUUAUAGUCUAUUUAUCAACUCUAUGUUAAUUUUAUAACAAUUUGCUGUGGAGAAGGGGCAUGUUAUUUAUGCAGAUACAAAUUCACAGUUCAGUGAAGUUGAUUGAAUGGCGCUUCACUUUACAGAUGGACAAUGACCCAAAAACAAGGCAGAAAGACCCAUGAGCAAACAAUAACUGAUGACAGCUGCAGUAAAGGCCUGGCAAAGCAUUACAAAGGAGGAAACCCAGCAUUUGAUGAACUUCCAGACUUUAAGCAGUCAUUGCCUACAGAUUCUCGACAAAGUAUUAAAAAUUAACAUUUUAUUAA